GUCCGUUCCUAUCUGACAUGAAAACACCAGCUCCUCUGCAUUUUACUCAGAUCAACUGACAGAUUGCCUCCGCGGCUUCCCGACCUUCUGAGAUCUGGAUAAGAUGUUGGACUUUAAUGUCGUGCAACUGACCAACUUGUCUUUGCAAUCGAGUUCUGGAUGUGAUGUGAAACGCGGACACCACUCUGUUUUUGGCAUCAGGGGCCCCACCUCUCUUUCAGAGCCCCGGGUGAAAGACGCGCUUGGGAUAGUACCAAGCGACCUUCCAAACGAACUCCUUUCCGCGAUCUUUGAGAAUCUCAUCCCUGAAAGAGGGACAUCACAUCAUCCACAUCCCGAGAGGAUUCUCGCCAAGGUGUGCAAGAAGUGGCGUUCCAUAGCUGUGCAAACACCUGCGUUCUGGGCUACAAUCUCGGUAGUGCCACACGAGUCUAUCCAGCUCAUAAAGACAUACCUCGGGAGAUCCUGUGACAGACCGCUCGACAUUUCCUUGGACUCAUGGCGUGAUGCAGGAAUCUGGAAAGGACCACUUAAGCAGCGACUGGCUGUCCUCGCAAGCAGUUCUCAAAGGUGGCACUCGCUGUUGUUGACGAACAUGGGAUCGAGAAACAUACAAUUGGUUCUCUCCAGAGUCAACAACCUUGGUUACCUUCCCCAGCUCAGGCACUUGACAGUGGACAAAAGAAAAGCCUUUGCUUUAUGGAAAUUGCGGAAUUGCUUCCCAUACAUCGCUGCAUACUCCGCUCCCACCCUGACAGCCAUGGGUAUAGUCACAGCGGGACACUGCACCUCCUCCUUCUUCAACUCGUUGACGCACCUCACGCUGACCACCCACUGGUCAGGUGACUAUGUCAUACCCAGUUGGAGGAGGUUCAAACAGUUGCUCUUGUCUUUUCCGAACUUGGAAUAUCUCAGACUCGAAGGAGUAGUUGUAAAAUUCGAUCUUGAUGCAGCAGAUUUUGAGUUUACCGACUGUCCUCAUUACGGUGUCGUGGAUAUUCCAACUCUGCACACCUUUAUCCUCCAACCUUACACCAUGGAACAGCUCCAUUGCAUGCUGAGCGGCAUAUUCGCCCCUCGUCUUCGUCAUCUUGAGCUCUUCCAUCCAUUCGGAGAUGAAAUGUACGCACAUAAAGGAGACACAUUCUGGGAUGAUGCAGACACCUAUCUCUACGACGUUUCUGGCAACACCAAAUUCCCUCAAGUGACAACACUUGUUCUGAACAAUUGCACGGACCAUACAGUCGUUCGUGGAAUCAACUUCCUUGGGGCUUUUCCGAAAGUCGAACAUAUUCAACUUGUUGAACAUGACAUCGCUACGUUUUCCUUGAUGCUGUCCAUGGAGAUGGAGUCAGGGAGUACCGAGUCGAUGCCUCUCUUGGCGCAGCUAAAGUCGAUCACGCUCAGUCGAAUAGACGAGGACGUAGCAGAUGAGGAACUUCUUCGCAUGCUGUUCGCUAUUGAGGCCUGGUCUAGGUUUGUGCAUCGCAGAACGCCACUUACCCUUAACAUACACAGUCUGUCUCCGACUACUAGAUGGUCUAGAGCGACUCGCAUGGUAUUGGAGAGGUUGGGUCGUCAUCAAAUUACCGUCGUGAAGAAGAUGUUGAACACGACUGCCGAUAUUCGCUACAUAUCAUGAUCGAGGCCUGGUCCGGGUCUUUACAAUGCAGAACGCCGCUUACCCU